AUGCUUUACCUUUGUGUCAUUGAUACCGACAUAAUUACAAUAAAUCUUUGUCAUUGUGUAGUCACAUUUUUCUGAUUUCACUUUAUCAGAAUGCUUUACCUUUGUGUCAUUGAUACCGACAUUAUUGCACUCAAGACUUGUCACUGUCAACUAGCAUAGUAUACCUAUUCCGUGGUUGAAAAUUUAAUUCCUGUACUUGGUGUGGUCAAUCAGAUUUGUAACCACAUAUUCAUUUGAUAUUUUUGCUAUAUAUAGUAGACAUGGCACAUAUCCACAACCACACCCCUUCAUCAAAUAACAAUAGUAAUACGAGAUGUAUUCUAGACCAUCAUCAAGCUCAAGUUCAAGCUCAUCUUCUUCAAAUACUGAAGAAUAUGACCAACUUGUUGAUGAACUCUUCACAUACCAACCCCCAUCUGUCCUCAUGCCCCAAACACAAUCCCAACACUCUUCAAAAAAACCUAGAGGGGGUACGAAUAGAAGAGAUAGGGAAAUUGGACAUGCCAGGUUGUUUAAUGAUUACUUUUCCGAUAAUCCCGUGUACAACACCACCCAAUUUAGAAGAAGAUUUCGUAUGCAACGACCUUUGUUUGUACGUAUAAUGAACAAGGUCGUUGAAGGUGAUGUGUACUUCCAGCAGCGUAGGGAUGCAGCUGGAAGGUUAGGUUUAUCACCUCUGCAAAAAUGUACAGCAGCGAUAAGAAUGUUAGGCUACGGCAUGGCUGCGGACGCCGUGGAUGAAUACGUUCGGAUCAGUGAGUCAACUGCUCGAGUUGCUCUUCAACGUUUUUGUACCGGGGUCAUUAAUCAGUUCGGAACCGAGUACAUGCGAAACCCUACAACUGCUGAAUUGGCCAGAAUUAUGCAUCAAAAUGAACUGCGUGGAUUUCCAGGCAUGAUAGGCAGCAUUGAUUGCAUGCAUUGGGAAUGGAAGAACUGUCCAACGGCAUGGAAAGCGCAGUACGCCGGUAGGAACAAGAAAGCAACGCUAAUACUGGAAGCCGUUGCAGAUCAGGAUUUAUGG